AUGGGUGUCACCAAGACUAUCAUCUCCCCUGGCAACGGCCAGCAGUUCCCCAAGCCCGGUGAUCAGAUCUCCAUGCACUACACUGGUUGCCUGUAUGAUGAGUCCAAGCCUAACAACAUGGGCAAGCAGUUCGACAGCUCCCGUGGUCGCGGUGCUUUCAAGACUGCCAUCGGUGUUGGUGGUCUCAUUAAGGGCUGGGAUGAGGCCGUCCCCCAGAUGAGCGUUGGCGAGAAGGCCAUCCUGACUAUUUCUCCUGACUACGGCUACGGCCCCCGUGGUUUCCCUGGCUUGAUCCCCCCUAACUCGACUCUCGUUUUCGAGGUUGAGCUGCUCGGCAUCAACUAA